CGCAAUUGGAGCUCACGAACACGCUCUCAUAUCAAAAAAAUCAAUGGAAGAAAUCUCAGAAUUCGAAUCCACAGAGCACGAGAGUCUCCUGCUCUUGCUCUUGCGCUUGCGCUUCCGCACAGCCCACUUCGCAUAGCGAUCAUGGCCGCCGCCUCAUUUACCCUUCUCCUCCUCCUCAUCCUCUCAUCGCCUCUUCUUCUCUGCCAUUCCACUCACAACACCGACCUCAAGGGUAUUGACAUCGGGCACCCAGCUGAAGAUGUUUUUCCAUCUCCACUUUCUGGAGCCAGUGAUAUAAAAUGUGAUCGUGUUCGAAUUUCUGGUCUUUCGAGAUUAAAACUUGGAAGUUUUGCCAGUUCUUUUCGAGUAACUGGAGUUCCAUCAGUUGCUAUUCCCGAAAGACUGCAUACAAAAAUUCAGGUUUGUUUUCACUGGAACAAUUCACUUGGAUUGUGCCAGUGUGAAGAUGAUGAGUGGAAAACUUUUCAAAAGGGAUUAUGGAGCUCCUCCAUGUCUCCUUAUGAAGUCAGAUAUAUUGAUGUUAAAGUUAUUAAUGGCACGCCUCUGAGUGGUCCAGUCACAAUUGCUAUUGAAGAAGAUUUUCAACAGUGGCGYCUAUUGUGUCUAGUAUUGGGGUUUAUGUUGCUUCUGCUAGCUCCUGUUGUCAGCAGCUGGGUUCCUUUCUAUUACAGCAGUUCGAUGUUUAUUGGAAUUUUUCUCGUCAUCUUAAUUAUUCUUUUUCAGGGAAUGAAGUUGUUGCCAACUGGAAGGAAGAAUGUCUUUUAUCUCACUGUAUAUGGAUCGGUGCUUGGAGCGGGAUCCUAUCUUGUUCACUAUUUUGCUAUGAUAGUAAAUUCGAUUCUUCUCAGUUUUGGACUGAGAGAGGAGAUGCACAAUCCUGUUGCCAUCUUUUUAUUUCUGGGAAUCGUCCUUUCUGGAGCUGCUUUAGGAUACUGGAUUGUCAGGAAGUUUGUUAUCAAGGAUGGAAAUGUUGAUGAUGGCGUGGCCCAGUUUGUAAAAUGGGCAAUGCGUAUUAUUGGAGCCAUAUCUAUCUUUCAGAGUACCCCUGAUGCUCCUUUAGCACUUGUGGCCUUUGCUUGUUGUUGGGCCAUCUGCUAUCUUAUCUCUUCUCUGAUGCGGUGUGUUACAAUGGAUCAAUCAUAUUCUGGAUCUGGUAGCCCUUGGCAACCGCAGAAUAAGCAGAUGGUUGGGAAGCAGAUUCGUACCGAAUUCCUUAGCCGAUCAAGCCCUCAAGACAGGAGAUGGAGAACUUCCRAUAGCCACAGCCCGGCUUGGUCUAAUUCGCCGGUUAAAGGCGUGAUUUUGCCAUCCUCCGGGAUGCAAAAUCAGGACUACUACUCAACCUUCCACAAGACCCGCAACCGAAAGAAGUUCACAAAGAAAGCCUGGGAUGAUUUCACUAGAGAUUCGACMCGACAAGCAUUGGCAGAGUGGGCAUCGUCCCCCGAAUUCACAGAUUGGAUCAUGGAGCAUGCUGACAGGAUUCAACUGCUCCCAAGUGAUACUUCAGAUGAAACUGUUGGAAGCGAAUCUGAUUCAACCAAUGAGAAUGUUGUUGGUAGUGGCAGUAGGUUCAGCUUUUUAAACUGGUAGAGGCUAGGUUUCUGUAUCUGCUAACAUGGAGAAGGAUAGGGUAAGAUCAUCAGGUUCUUAGUUAGGAAAUUUGAUUCUGUUGGUUGAGAUGAAGCAAGUUUUGCGAAUUAUCCCGAACCACACGUCUAACAGCUAGAGUUGUCUCAUAGAUUAGGUCGACUUGCGAAACUGCUAUCGUGGCAUGUGAAUAUGUCGACUUGGCUCGACACAACACAACACAACACGAGCAUAUCACUCAUUGUGUUUCAUGUUGUUGCCACCUACAACUGCAACCCAACAUGUUUAUAUAAUGUGGGAUAAGCCAUGGUGCAACACAGUUUACGACUCCUACGAGACAGGGGACGAGGCAGGAUGUGUCCGACACCUCUACAAACAGCUGAUGUUACAUUUGUUUUAGGCACAGCAGAAGUUAUAUAGCUUCCAAGUUGAGUUUUGCUGUACUGUCUGAAUAUAUAUGGGAAUAGAUGGUGCUCCUUCUGUUUGCUCUCUUUAUUUCUUUUUAGGAUAGUAAUCACUUUUUCAGCAAUAAUCUUAAUUGUAAGAUUGUUCUUUUGUAAUAUCAAUCAUUUAAAUAUCGAAAAUGUUUAGUAUAUCUCA